AUGGACACUACUCCAACGUUACUUAACUACUAUAUGUUAGAUCACUACGAUCCAGAUAGUUGUCGUCUAGUUCUAGAGAAUAUGAUCAUAACAAUUACGAAAGACACAGUGCAUGACAUGUUGGGUUUACCAAAUGAAGGGGAAGACUUCUUGAGCAUGACUAGUUGUGAGAAAGAUAAUCAAGUUCUGCAAGAAUGGAAAAGUCAAUAUGAUAAAAAAGGGUUUAAUGGGGAAGAAUACCUGAAAAGGAUUAAAAACACAAAGCAAGACAAUCUUAUGUUUAGGCUAAAUUUUCUGACCCUUUUCAUUAACACAUUUGUGGAAUCAACUUUGAGUGGUACCAAUCAAAUAAAUGUUGUGAAUAAGUUGGUCAUGGCAUACGUAGCUGUUAUAGAGCAUAGCUAUGGAAUAAUAUUGUCCGAGAAGAAGAAUAUUGAAAAAGCUCUAAAAAAUGGAAUAGAGAAAUUCCAAGACAACUUGAUGUUGAAGGAGUGGUAUGAAAAAAAUCAAGAAUUGUUCAAGGAAGUGAAUAAGGCAGGUAAUGGAGGAAUGAAUAGUAAUGAAGCUGGUUUUGAUGGUCAUAGAAAAGAAGGAGAGUCAGAUGGUGGUAAGGAAGAACAAUUCUAUCCAAUUAGAGGAUUGGUAGUUGAUGGGGAUCUUCAUGAUGAUGGUGGAGUAUGUGAGGAAGAUGAUGGCAAUGGAAAAAUGGGGAAGAUAGAGCAAAAGAUACAUGUAUAUGGAAAAUCACCUUUUGUUGAAAGGAUUGUGAAAAUCGGGGACAAGAUGAAGAAGGAUGAAAUUACGUUAUACAAUUCAGUUUUUUCAUCAAAAAGAGAUUAUGGGGAAGAGACAUGGAACAUUGGGAGCGGUCAUGUGUUGCAUCAAGGAUUCGCAUAUCAUUUUAAAAGCAACACGUUUAUUCAUGCGAUAAUCAUUGACUGUUGGUUAUCAUUACUCAACAGAAUGGAAGAACUAAGGGAUGUAGGAUCGGUUUCUAGUAUUUUCUUCGACACAAAUUUUUUGAAGAGAUAUUGGGUGGAUCAGUGUCAUCUGAUGGAACUCAAAAAUUGUUUGAUGAUACUACACCUUAAAAGUCUACCAAAACCGGAAAAGCUUAAAGAUAUUGGACUGGUUCUCUUCCCAAUAGUUGAUAAGAGUACAUAUUAUAUGAUAUGCUUUGAUCUAAGGGUUCCAACUUACUACAUUAUAGACCAUGUGAACCGAAAUGGUGCUGUUGAGGACAUCUAUGGAAUAAAACACAUUCGUGUGAAAAAAUGGCUUGGGAACUAUUUAAAAACAGAGAAUUACCAAAAGUCAACAACUUUCAACAAGAUUAAAGCUCGUGUAAUGAAAAUGCCAUGUAAAGUAGAGAAAGAAGGAUCAGACUGUGGAAGGGAUGUAGUUGCUUUAAAUAAUCUAAGAAUCAAAUACAUGGCAAGGCUUAUGAAAUCGGAGUACAACAAGCAUAAAAGUAUGUUGGAGAAAGAUGCAGAAGAGUAUGAGAGGCUCGAUCCAUUGCAAAAGUUGGCUGUGAUGAAUGAAGUGAAAGAAAUCAGGGAGAAGCAGAGACGUGGAAGGCGUCGAUUUUAA